AUGUCUUCUCAAUUAUCCAGUUUCCACAAAGUUUUAAAUUCUGCUAAACAUAUAAUCGCGCUAUGUGGUGCAGGUUUGAGUGCCGAAUCUGGGAUACCGGUACAGUCAGACCCUUCUUUAGUGAUGACGUUUAGAGGAGAAGGAGGCUAUUGGAGACAAUUUGCUGCAACUGAGCUUGCUGAUCCAAAAGCUUUCUUGAGAAAUCCGUCUCGAGUAUGGCAGUUUUAUCAUUAUAGACGAGAAUUAGUCAUGACAAAAAGUCAAAAUCGAGCACACAAAGCACUCAUCGAAUUCUCAAAAAAGGUAAAUUCUGCCAAUCCACAAACUCAAACUUUUUCAGUAAUCACACAAAAUGUCGAUGGGCUUUUAACUAGCGGUGGUAAUGAUAAUGUUGAUGGCAUCGAUAAUCUGAUUGAGAUGCACGGGACGUUAUUCAAGACACGAUGUACCGUAUGUGGUGAUAUUCGUCCAAAUCGUGAUUCACCAAUUGCACCAGCAUUGAAAGGAAACGAGAGUUUGAGUUUCGAUGCUGAUAUUCCGCAAGAUCAGUUACCGCGGUGUAAUUUGUGUACCGGGUUAUUGAGACCGCAUGUUGUGUGGUUUCAUGAGUCUUUGGACGAAAAGGUGUACGAGAAGAUUCAAGCAGAAUUGGAUAGGUGUGAUUUGAUAUUGGUUAUUGGGACUUCCGGAAUGGUCUACCCAGCGGCUGCUUUUGCAUCAGCCGUUCACAGGAAAGGCGGAAUAGUCGUAAAUUUUAACAUUGAGAAGAUAGGCGAGGAUGUUGCUUUUGAAUUUAUCGGUCCCUGUGGAGAAACAUUGCCCGAAGGUUGGUUAGCCUUUUAUUAA